CCGGAACAAUCGUCAAGCUUCUAUUCUGUUGCACGUGACGACCUUGACUCUUCAGCAUCACUCUGUCAGUUGUGUCGUUGAUCUCUCGAGAGGUCGAUGCAGUUCAUUCUUAGGCUGCAAUGAUAAGGAUUUGAGGGCUCCAGUCCUCCAGCCCACUACUAUAUUACUUUCUUUCUUCUGAUUGCUUGGUCGUUGGCAAACAGCAGGACCUCCGUCCAUUGGGUUUUUUCAACAUUCACUGCCCAACCAAGCUGUCAUUAUCAUCAAGAUGAUGGAGCCAAGAAAUCGACAUCAUAAGGGAACAAAAGGAGGCAUACGCGUUUGGAGAAGACUUCAUGUUUGUCUGUUGGGUUCUUGGGCCAUUCCUUCCUGUUUUGGCUUUCUCAGGAGUUUCCCAACGUUUGCGCACAGCGGGUACAAGCGCCCUAUCCAAAACCUAUACACAGAAUUUGACAACCAUGAUCCCCACGGCACUGAUAAAAAUCGUCCAUGGCCAGCAAAUACCACUGCCACCACAGCAACAUUGCCAUCUCGGCCAAGAAAAGGAGUUUCGGGCACGGAUACCCCCAAUUCCUGCUCCAAGAGGCUCUAUGUAUCUCGUGAAACCAAGAGCUCUGAUCCCAAAACAAGAACAACAACAAUGACAAAACAUUUCGAGACAAGAAGAAAACCCAACAAUCAUCUCUCACAAAAGUACAAUCUACAGCUACUCCUGAUUGACCAUUAUGACUCUUUCACGUACAAUCUGUUUGACUUGCUGGCUCAACUCUGUGAAAAACCACCCAUUGUUUUGGCCAAGGACGCCUUUGAGGACUGGUCCGAUGUGGUCCAAAUGUACUCAGAUAUCCACAUCGAUGGAGUUAUCUUAUCUCCCGGACCUGGAACUCCCACGCAUCCAGAAGAUAUCGGGACACUCUCGCCUUCCAUUAUAGAAAACAACCCGGACCUUCCGAUUCUGGGUGUAUGCCUGGGGCAUCAAAUCAUGGGGCAUGUGUACGGAGCCAAGGUGGAUCUUUGCGGUCCUGUACACGGUCAAGUACGGACCAUUGAACAAGAACUGCAGUAUACUACUACUAGGAAGAAGGAUGAUGAGGUCCAAAACAGUGACUCAACAACAACAGAGGUGAUGGAUCUCCUUUGGAAGAACAUUCCAUCGCGGUUCAAUGUUACGCGAUAUCAUUCCCUUUCAGUUAGCUUGACUGACGAUGCUCCCCUACGACCCACUGCGUUUAGCUCUGACCAAGAUAGAGUACUCAUGGGCAUGAGCCACAUGGAAUAUCCACAUUAUGGAGUGCAGUUCCAUCCAGAAAGCAUUGGAUCCCAGUAUGGGUUUCAGUUGUUGAAGAACUUUUGCGACAUUGCAGUACGUCAACGACGACGUCUAGCAAAGACACGCCAAGUCAACGGAAAUUCCCAGAGCACUGUCGAUGGUCACGUCAAUGGAGGCUCAUCCGGAUCCAAUCAUCAGCAACAGUAUCGUCGAAUCCAGCACGCUCCUAUUCGACCAAAUGGCCAUGAUAGACGGACGCAAUCUCCGAACCACCGUACCAAUGAAUCGCCAACUGCUGCAGGCACUCGUGUGAACGGCGUCAAGGAAGACGCCACCGUCGGCAAGUCAAAGUACAAGGUAUACGUCCACAGAGUUGAUACGACAAGCAACGACGCUUCCCCGUUGCAAGUUUUUGAAGAGUUUUUGCGCACCGAGCCAUAUUCGGUUUGGCUAGAUACCUCCAGAGGUAUUCAGAGCAAUCCCUGCACUGCAGGUUCCGGCUCUGCUACUAGUAGUGCACCUCAGUCGUACGCUUCUAUUCUUGGCGCGGGAAACCGGCCUAUCGAGUACUUUGGAAAGGAAUACGGCGAACGGUAUCAAGGCUUGUUUCGUCGCAAUGAUGCCGGGCAGCAAGUCAAGCUUGCUCAUAAGGACAUAUUCUCGUUCUUACAAGAGGAACAUGCCUAUGCAACCGAUCAUGUCGAAAUGGUAUCUUUCCAGAAUGAUGGUUCGGUUCAUCUGUCAUCAUCCGUACCAGAUGAUGGACAUUCACUGCCCUUUGAUUUCCGAGGUGGCCAUGUUGGGUACCUUGGGUACGAAGUGCGACAUGACAGCGAAAAAUUCUUGGAGGAACAAGAACAAGGGGCUCGCGCCAAGUGGAAGCCUUCGGAGGACUCCUUGCGUAGCCCACCACCGCCCAAGAGCAAACAACAAUCCAAAGAGAGAGUCCCUACUGCUGCCUUCCUCUUUCUAGACAAGAGCUGGGUUUACGAUCACACUAACAAAGAGUGGUAUCUGAUUGGCCUAGUUGACCAACAUGAGGAUGCUAGCGGUCGUGACCUGAACGCAAGGACCGAGUCAACAAUGCAAUGGAUGAUGUCCACUGCUAGAAGGAUGCAGUCCAUGAGUGCUGAGCCCGAACAUCAAAAAUACAUUGCCAAUGUAAAUGGUGGACAUGAUAGCGACUUGUCGGACAGCAAAAGAUUGCCACCCUCCGUCGACUUUUCUCCGAAUAGAUCUCGCGAUUGCUACAAUCAGAAUUUUGCUGACUGCCAAGAGCAGAUACGCCUUGGAGAGAGCUAUGAGCUGUGUCUAACGAACCAGUUGGAAGCCCAGGUUGCAGUGCUCGAUCAAGCAUCGUCUCCGCUAGACUUGUACAAAAUACUGCGAAGACGGAAUCCGGCACCGUUCUCUGCCUUUCUGAACUGGAACACGGCGAGCCGUGGUGAUGGCACGAAUGACAAGGACGAGUCCUCGUCAAUGGCAAUCUGCUGUAGUUCUCCGGAACGCUUUGUGUCCAUCAAGCGUAAAAGAAAAACUCUGGACAACGGCUCGGACAGAUCCGAAAUGGAGCUGCAAGUGGAAGCCAAGCCAAUCAAGGGAACAUGUGCCCGAGUGCAACCCGUUGACCCUGCGACGGGCUUUUCCGCCACAGAGGCUGCUGAAGACAUGCAACGCGCUCUCGAUUUGAAAUCGUCCAUCAAGAACCAAGCAGAGAACUUGAUGAUUGUAGACCUGCUACGUAAUGAUUUGAGCCGUGUGUGCGAGGUAGGAUCAGUCCAUGUCUCCAACCUGAUGGACAUUGAAUCUUAUGCAACGGUGCACCAGAUGGUUUCGACAAUACGCGGCAGACUGGAUCCUGCAAAAGCCAAUGCAAUCGAUAUCCUCAAGGCCACCUUUCCAGGGGGCAGCAUGACGGGGGCUCCAAAGAUCCGAUCAAUGGAAAUCUUGGAGCGGCUUGAAGAAGGCGUCAGUCGCGGACCCUACUCUGGAUGUCUCGGAUACAUCAGCAUGAAUGGCUCGAUGGACAUGAACAUUGUGAUCCGCUCCGCUGUCCUCCAGCCCACCGUGACUUCGAAACCACCAUUGUCUGGGGCAUUACAACCUUCUAGCGUGGACGAACGUCAAUGGAAGGUGAGCAUUGGUGCAGGUGGCGCCAUCACAGCCUUGAGCGAAAGCACGGACGAAUAUGAGGAGAUGAUCCUGAAAGCUUCAGCUGUAAUCCGAGCAGUAGAAGAAUGGGCAGGUGUCCCGCAGGGAGAUGCAGUUUUGAGGCUCUCGAAACAGAAGACAACCGAACCCAAUUGAACAAACACAACAGACAUAGACCAUUUUUGCUACUGCUGUACUAAUGACCAGCAUCAAUUCAAAGGAGCUGACGUUGUUCAAACGAAGACGAAGCUCAUGCACUAGCUAGAGUUCAGUACAUUUACCUUUGUAAAAUGUUUUUCUAUGUACAAUAAUUGAUUUACGCA